CCCCCUCGUCAUGCACUAACUGACACCUGCUUUUAUAAUCCCUCCAAAAUCCAUCUUCUCCCAUGUUCCCACCAUGCCUUCUCUUCCCUUCCCCAGGAACAGGUGGUUUGGACUAGCAAGGACCUGGGGCUUCAACAAUGAUAGCAGGAGCAGCAGUGAACAAGAUGGAUCUGUUUCCAACUCUAUUGAAUGCUACGCUUGCACUCAAGUUGGAGUUCCGGUUUUCCACUCCACCAGCUGUGACAGUGUCCAUCAGCCUCAGUGGGAAGCUUUUGCCGGGUCAUCCUUGUUCCCUGUCCAGGCCGCAUCCGACCCAACUAAGAAUUCGACCCGCACCCGCUCAAGGUUCUCCUCAGGCCCGUUCGGGAAAGCCCUCGACCCACGCAGUGCAUUAGUUCAGAGAUGGAACCGGGUUCUCUUGGUGGCCCGUGGUAUUGCCUUGGCCGUCGAUCCUUUGUUCUUUUACACCCUGACUUUGAUCACGAGCGAGGACGGGGCGCCAUGUGUCUUCUUGGAUAGUGGGUUGGCUGCGAUCGUAACCGUUGUUCGCACGUGUGUGGAUGCAGUGCAUUUGUGGCACAUAUGGCUUCAAUUCAGGUUAGCAUACGUGUCGAAGGAGUCACUGGUGGUCGGGUGCGGGAAACUCGUGUGGGACGCACGUGCGAUUGCCUCACACUAUGUGAGGUCGCUCAAAGGGUUUUGGUUUGACGUUUUUGUUAUACUACCGGUUCCUCAGGCAGCAUUUUGGCUAAUGGUGCCAAAAUUGCUAAGAGCGGAGCGAUAUAAGCUAAUAAUGACUAUACUUUUAUCAAUUUUCUUGUUCCAAUUCCUCCCUAAGGUGUACCACAGCCUUUGCUUGAUGAGAAGAAUGCGGAAAGUUACAGGUUAUAUAUUUGGUUCCGUUUGGUGGGGCUUUGGCAUUAAUCUGAUUGCCUACUUAAUUGCAUCCCAUGUUGCCGGAGGAUGCUGGUAUGUCCUAGCGACACAGCGUGUUGUUACAUGCCUCCAGCAGCAGUGUGAAAGAAGUGCUUCUUGUAAUCCAUCUUCCUCUUGCUCAAAGAGGGUUUGCAGUCAAUAUCUGUCACCAGCAAAUGUGUUAAGUAGUCAAUGUGGAGGGAAAUCAAUAACAAUGACCAAGUCAUUUUGCUUUGAUCCGGAUGGACCAUUCCGUUAUGGGAUCUAUGAACCCGCACCCCCAGUCAUUUCUAGCAAUUCUCUGGCAGUUAAGAUUCUUUAUCCCAUAUUUUGGGGGUUAUUGAACCUGAGCUCAUUUGGCAACCAGCUUAGCCCUACAAGUAACCCUAUGGAGGUGGCAUUCAGCAUUUGCAUUGUCCUCGGGGGCUUACUUCUUUUCACUUUACUGGUUGGGAAUAUUCAGGUAUUUUUACAUGUGGUUAUGGCAAACAGGAAAAAAUUGCAGUUAAGGCGUCGAGAUGUUGAAUGGUGGAUGAGACGAAGGCAGUUGCCCUCGGGUUUAAGGCAGAGAGUGCGCCACUUUGAAAGCCAAACAUGGGAUUCAAUGGGAGGAGAAGAAGAGAUGAAAUGGAUUGAAGAGCUUCCAGAAGGGCUCCGGAGGGACAUUAAGCGUUACCUUUGCCUUGACUUGAUAAAAAAGGUACCACUUUUCCAUAGCUUAGAUGACCUUAUCCUUGAAAACGUAUGCGAUCGCGUCAAACCUCUUAUUUACUCUAAAGAUGAAAAGAUAAUAAGAGAAGGAGAUCCAGUGCCCAGGAUGGUGUUUAUUGUUCGCGGACACGCUAGACGUAGCCAAGGCUUCAGCAAAGGCAUAAUAGCCACCAGUGUACUUGAACCUGGCGGAUUUCUAGGUGAUGAGCUCCUCUCCUGGUGCCUUCGUCGCCCAUUUCUAGACCGUCUUCCAACCUCAUCAGCGACAUUUACUUGCGACGAAUUCACAGAAGCAUUUGGUCUCGAUGCAGACGAUCUUCGGUACAUUACUGAACACUUCAGGUACAGAUUUGCCCACAAUAGGCUCAAGAGAACAGCAAGAUACUACUCAUCCAAUUGGAGAACAUGGGCAGCUGUGAAUAUACAAUUUGCUUGGCGCUGCUAUAAGAUGAGGACUAGAGGUCCAUUGAUUCCUGUGACAGCAAAUGGAGGCAUGGAAGGUCGCCUUAGAAAAUAUGCUGCAAUGUUCAUGUCACUAAGGCCACAUGACCACCUUGAAUAGAAAUCAGCAAAAGUGCUGUAAAUUUUGGUUGCUCCAAUGCCUCUUGUUUUGCAAUAAUGUAUCUGUGAACAUGAAUCAACCCCAUGCUUAUCA